AACACUAGUUAACACCAUUGACACGUGGAUGUGCAAUAGAGUUUUGGGUUCAACAGUUUCUAAAUUUUAAACCGUCGUUAUGUUGUGUGUACCCUAGAGGACCAAAACCACCGGCGAAGUAUUGGUAUCACCGACCGUAACCGGAGCCACCGGUCAAAGUUGCUUCAAGUAGGUGUAUUGACUCUUUGACAUGCCUGAUUCCGGAAGUCAUAAACCCGCAGGGCGGGCUCUCCCUUCAUGGAUGAGCGCAAGGGAUGCCGAUAACAACUCCGGUCGUAAGGAAAACGACAAAGAAAAACAGCCAGCCGGCCAACGCACAUCUACUGAUAAAUUUUCCAAACUCAUGGAAGGGGUUGUAUUUGUACUUUCAGGGUUUGUUAAUCCGGAACGCAGCACGUUACGGUCGCAAGCAUUGGAGAUGGGGGCAGAGUAUCAAGGUGAUUGGAACGACAAAUGCACCCUGCUGGUUUGUGCGUUUACUAAUACCCCGAAGUUUCGACAAGUUGAGGCUGAUAAUGGAACCGUUGUCUCCAAGGGUUGGAUAACCGAGUGUUAUGACCAGAAACAGCUUGUUGCGAUUGAACCUUUCCUUUUGCAUGCUGGUAAACCGUGGAGGCAUCAAAGCAAUUCUACUGGACCUAGCCAAGAUUUAAAACCAUCUUCAUCAAAGAGCUCGUAUAAGCAAGCAGAUAAGUUUGUGGAUUCAAAACCACGAGCGUCUUCUUCGAGCAAGAGUCAACAGACAGCCCAUAAGCCUGCUAAAAAGGAGUUUUCAACUUCUGACGUGAAGAAAUGGGCAAUAGAUGACAUGAAAAAAACGAUGUCAUGGUUGAACAGUCAAGAGGAAAAGCCUGAUUCAAGUGAGAUAAAGAAGGUAGCAGCUGAAGGAAUCCUGACAUGUUUGCAGGAUGCGAUAGAUUCUCUCAAGGAGGGACGGGGCUUGGAAAAAAUACUUGAGGACUGGAGUUUUGUCCCACGGGUUGUUGAAGAGCUGAACAAGCUUGACAUAGCCGGAGAUAGUCCGGUUAAAAAAGACGUUUACCACCAAGCUAUCGUGUGCAAACGCAUUUAUGAAUUUGAGCUCGGAAAUUCAGAAGAUGAAAAAACGACGGAUAAAAAGAAACGAGCGAAGAUCGAGAAAAGUGAAAAAACAGAAAAUUAUGACAGUGAUGAUACAAUUGAGAUGACAGAAGAAGAAGUAAAGGAAGCAUUUGAUAGAGUUGCUUCUAGCUUUCAUAAAUGACAAGUGAUAACCACUUUGGUUGACUGUUCUGAGUUUUUGCCUGCUCUUAUCACGGUUCUAUGAACAGUCUUUGUGUUAUCUAAAAAGAAGAAGUUGGUUUUUGGUCCUUUAUGUUUGACCCUUAUUGUCAACUGGCGCGGUUCAUAUGGGGUUUGACAAGUUUCUUUA